AGUCUAUAGGCAAAAUGGUAAUUACAGAUUUUAUUUCUUAAGAGCCAACAACUACAAGAAAAGCAGCAAUAGCUUCUUCAUGUACAAGAAGAAAUGAGUGAGAUGCGAAAAAGAUGAAUGAAAUGGAGAAUUUAAAGAAUGAAUUAAGGAACCAAGAAUUAACAUUGGAACGUAUAGAAAUGGAGAAGCUAGACUUGGCUCAGAAGCUCCAUGAAAAUUAUGAGGAAUUGAAAUCCAUAACCAAAGAAAGAAAUGAUCUAAAGGAAUUACAGGAAUCAUUUGAAAUAGAGAGAGAGAAACUUAAAGGAUACGUAAGAGAAAUCGAAGUUACAGGUCUAGAAACAAAAGAACUAAAAAUUGCUCGCGUGCAUCUUAAAGAACAACAAGAAACUAUUGACGAACUAAGAAAAAACAUCUCUGAGAAGACAGCUCAAAUAGUAAACAUUCAGAAGGACUUAGAUAAAUCCAAUACUGAAUUACAAGAAAAGGUUGGUUUCUUCUUCCUUCUCUCCUUUGCCCCGUCUUCUUUUCUGUUUUCUUAAAGGAAAGAUGAGCAGUAAGCAGUGACUGUGUUAAUA